AUGGAGAAACUAGAGAAUGUAUCAUUCGUCAAAGAGUUUGAGUCCAGGUUCAUGAAGCCAGUGGAAUUUUCUUUCGUCGAAGAUGGGAAAGAGAGAAAGUUUGACCUAGCUCUUGCUCAUAGCAGUGUUAUUACUCUCUUAUAUCACAAAACAUUCAGAAAGUUCCUUGUUGUUCGACAGUUCCGACCAGCUGUUUUCGUUGGACGCAUUUGUAAAUAUCCUGAAAAUCUGGGAAAAAAGCUGGAAGAUAUUCAGUGGGAGAAUUACAGUACUGAGAUAGGAUAUACUCUAGAAUUAUGUGGAGGCUUAGUGGAUAAGGACUUACCGCUUGUUGAUAUUGCAAGAGAAGAAGUUGAAGAAGAAUGCGGCUAUAAAGUACCAACGUCAAAUUUCCAACUGUUAGGAACCUACUCAAUUGAUGCUGAUGAGUCAGGUUCUAUUCAAAGUUUGUACUAUGCCGAGAUCGAUGAAACAAUGAAGAUUAGCGGUGGAGGGGGCAAUGAAGAAGAGGGAGAAGUCAUCACCAAUGUUUUCUUAACCGAGGAAGAAGCGCAUCAGUAUGUGAAGAACCAAGACAGUCACGGACCACCAGGAGUAUUCUUUUCGUUUCUUUGGUGGUUUCAGAACGAAAAAAUUUAUCAGAAGAAAGAGCCGAGUUUCAUUUGGAAGCCUGAAGUUCAACAACGAAUUGGAAACUUUAAAUUCACAAAAAACCAGAAAUCGAAUCGUUAUCAUCCAAUUCGAAUGUGUUUCACUUUGAACCAGAAGAAACGUUUCUGGGAUUUGGCUCCAUGUGAGGACAGUGUUGCAGCUCUUGUAUUCAAUACUGAUACAAACAGUUUUCUUUACACUCAAAGAUUCCGUCCAGCCGUUGUGAUCGGAAGAACUCUUCUGAAACGAGAAAAUGAGAACAAAGAACUUGCGGAAAUAGACUGGACCUCACAUGAUCCUAAAUUGGCUUACACAUUGGAAAUGUGUUCAACUCAUGUUUUAACACAUGAGAACAACGAAGCAAAGGUGAUGGAAGCAAUUGAAAAGAAGUUAGGAUUCCGUUCAAACAAAGUUCAGUACGUCACUUCGUUCGCAAUGGGCAUCUCGCAAAGUGGAGAUCGGCAAAGAAUAUACUUCGUCGAAGUUUCAAAUGCUGAUAAAAUCGAAAACUUCACAAACUUUGAGGACAUUCUGCCGGUUUCGAUUGGAAAGGAUGAACUGUUCUCUCUUCUAUAUCAACCUGAUGCGAUUUCUCCUCCGGCCGUCCUCUAUAUGAUCGAAUGGUUUUUGAAUAGAAAAAAAUAA